AUGUUGGUCUGGCCGCGGCUUCGAAUGACUGGAGCACUGGGUGCAUUGCUCGCCAUGGCUGCGUUACAGUCGAACGUCGUCUCUAGUCACGUUAUCUCUAUGGAGGUAUCACCCGAGGGCGAAAAGAACUCUCAUGAGAAGCCUGUGUCGCAACCAAACGAUGUUACGCCUGUAACGCCCGCUCAUAAUGCGCCUGCACCUGCGAAUAGUCCUAAAGCUCCAGCGCUAAGGUCUGAUUCCGGUCCAAAGGAUACGACUGACUUGCCAGACUAUAAAUGGUACUGGAAUCACGGCGAAGACUCGAUGUUUGCCCAGGACAGUGGUGUAUUCAAGAACUUUAAACCCAACGAUACGGACCAGACGUGUUCCUUUGAUACCCAUGCUACACCAUUCAACAAGCAAGUUCGUGGUGUGAAUCUUGGCGGCUGGCUCGUCCUAGAGCCCUGGAUCACACCGACACUGUUUUACCAAUUUCUAAAUACUCAGCAAAGAUUUGGAGACAAAGCUCCUGAGAAAACAGCCAUGGACAUGUAUACUUUCUGUACAGCACUUGGUAAAGAAGAAGCUAAUCGGCAGCUCCGUAUUCACUAUGACAAUUGGGUCACGGAAAAAGAUAUUGCUGCACUUGCUGCAGCAGGUAUAAACUCACUUCGUAUUCCGGUUGGUGACUGGAUGUUUAAUCCUUAUGAGCCUUUCUCUGGCUGCACAACUGGUGCUGUGGACGCGCUUGAUCGUGUAGCUGAUCUUGCACUCAAGUACGGACUGGACAUUCUACUGGAUAUGCACGGUCUCAUUGGGUCCCAAAACGGCUUUGAUAACAGUGGCAGGUCUAUGUCUGUGAAAUGGACAUCCAUUGCUAGUACACAACCAGUGGGAACUACCACAUUUGAGCAUUGGCCAAUCCGUCAAGCAGAAUGGGCUGGCACUUUUGACGUAGAGCAUCACAAUUACUCAAGUAUCAAUUACGCCAACCUCAAUCACUCAAUUGUGGCCGUGGAAGCGAUUAUUAAUCGGUACAAGGGCCACAAAGCUGUUAUGGGACUUGAACCAGUGAAUGAACCAUGGGAGCUUACACCUAUUAAAGUGCUUAAAGAUUACUAUUGGAAGUCAUACAAGCGUGUAAAGGUUCUUGCACCUUCGUGGAGAUUUGUCCUUCAUGACUCGUUCCGUUUUGGUUUGACAUUUUGGGCUGAUUUCCUGAGAGGUUGCCCAGAUAUUGCUCUCGACACGCACAUUUAUCAAGCUUGGAGCCCGCCUGGAACCGUUGCGGACUUUUUCUCGAACGCAUGCCAGCAGAAGUAUGUUAUCACAGAGAUGGAAAAUGCUAUGAUGCCUGUUAUUGUAGGCGAGUGGUCUGUCGGCACGGACAACUGCGCAAUGUGGCUCAAUGGCUUCAAUGAUAACUUGCCAGGCUUUCCGAAGGUUCAGUGCCAUAUGAUAGACUGUCCAGUAAACAGUACGUAUCUUGGCGAAGGGUUUCCAGGCACUCCUUUGGACAAGACCAAGCCGAUUCAAGGUCCGUAUGGCACAGGUGUGUCUGGACCGUCGUUUGGGAAAUGCCCUGUUACUAGCCAGAGCGCUUUUGGCCAAAAGGAUGACGCGGCGUUGACCAGAGCAUUAACUAUGAAGAAGCUAAAUGGUUUUGCUGUUGGUCACGGUUGGUACUUUUGGAACUUCAAAACGGAAUUUGCUACGAAGUGGAGUUUCUUGGACUUGAUUUAUCAGGGCGCGUUCCCCAAAAACGUGUCCAACUACCACGAGGAUGGAUUUGUUCAGCUCGCGUGCAAAAAAGAAGACAAGGGUGAUUUUGUUUGUCGUGCAAAGCGCGGUGUUCAAGAAUUUGAGCUGAAAGACGGUCUUGCAUUUGCGUGCAAUUUCCCUGACAUUGAUUGCUCGGACAUUAAAAAGCGCUUCGCCACCUUGGAAGAGCAAUGUGACUGGGCGUUUGACCAAUAUUGGCAUCUUAACCGUGAAAAGGGUGCAACGUGUGAUUUCGGCGGUGCUGCACAUCUACUAAACGUGACCAGCUCUGCUCCUUCGCUUCUGCAUACUUUGACGCCCAAGAAGCUGAAGCCAAGCCAUUUACUCGAGUCUGUGGCGAAGUGGGGUAUUGCAACCAUCCUUGGUGUCGUUGCCCUUGCCCUUGCUGCAGUUGGCGCUGUGGUCUUUGGCGUCAUGCGCUGGCGUCAGCAUCAUGUGCGUCGCCAAUAUUCGCCUAUUGGGGGUCGCAUAUAA